AUGACCGAAAGAAAGAUCAUAAUCAUCACUUCCGACGGCGACAAGUUCCCUGUGGAGCGCAAGGUCGCCGAAAAAAGUAUCCUCAUCAAGAAUAUGCUGAAAAACCUGCUGCCUGCAGACGACGAGGAAGAGGACGACGAGGACGCCGACGAGCCAAUCGAGGUGCCUACACAGAACGUCCGGUCUGCUGUGAUGAAGAACAUUCUGGAAUGGUGCGACCACUACAAAGACUACAACUUCCCAGACGACGAGCAGGACGACGACUCCAAGAAGAGCGCCCCGAUCGACGCCUGGGACAAGAACUUCCUUAACGUGGACCAGGAAAUGCUGUACGAGAUCAUCCUCGCAGCCAAUUACCUCAACAUCAAGCCGCUGCUCAACGCCGGCUGCAAAGUCGUUGCUGAGAUGAUCCGCGGCAAGUCGCCUGAAGAGAUCCGCAAAACGUUCAACAUCGUCAACGACUUCACUCCUGAGGAAGAAGCCGCCAUCAGACGCGAGAACGAGUGGGCCGAAGACCGCUAA